AUGAGCAACCAGGCUCGCAUCGACGACAUGACCAUGCAAAUCAAGAACGCGCACCUUCGCGUUGGAUCGGGUUUCAUCCAGUAUCCUCCGCAGAGGCCGUUCGCGCAGCCCGUGCAGGUUCAGCCGCCCACCCUCUCGCAAAACGAGUAUCCGGAGGAGUGGAAGAACGUCAACGCGAAACCCGCGGCGCCCCCGCAGCGCCCGCCCCAGCAGCAGGCGCCCCCGCAGCAGCAGCAGCAGCAGCAGCAGUACGGCGGCUACGGCUACCCCAGCCAGAACCAGCCGCCCGCGCAGAAUGGCUACGGGCAGUACGGGCAGCAGCCGGCGGCGAAUGGGUACGCGCAGAACGGCUACGGGCAGUACGGGCAGCAGCCGGCGGCGAACGGGUACGCGCAGAACGGCUACGGCAACUACGGCCAGCAGCCUCCACAGCAGCCGCAGCAGAUGUACGGAGGCUACCAGCAGAAUGGGUACCAGCAGAACGGGUACCAGCAGCAGCCUCCGCAGCAGGCGCCGCCCCAGCAGCAGUAUCAGCAGCAGAGGCCGACGACCGCGGCCGCCCCCAGCGGCGGCGGCAUCGGCGGUGCGCCCGCGAUGGCGAUGCCGGGGCGGAGGGGAAACAUCCCGGCGCCCAAGGUCGCGACGCCAAACGCAAACGGCGCGCCCGCGAGGGGCGCGAAGCCGGCGCACGGCGGGCGACAGCAGCAGCAGCAGCGGGCGCCGCCGCCGCAGGCUGCCCAGAAGCCCAAGAAGUUCAUGCCCGGCAUGAUCGUCGGCAGCCUGGUGCAGCAACCACCCGCGAGGCCCGCGCCGGCGACGAUGGCGCCGCCGCAAUCGGUCAUUCGCGCCGCGGAGACGGGCGAGAAGAUCUCAAAGUCGCAGGCGAAGCGCAACAGGAAAAAGGCCAGGGAGGCUGGCAUGCACUGA